AGAAGAAGAAAGACGAAGAAGAAGCUCAGACAUUUUGUUUGAGGUGUUGACAUUUAACCGCUGAGUUCGGCGAAGUAACGUAGAUGAUAUGUGCUCCGGUAUAAUCCUAAUAUCAACUGGAAUUUGGUUUAAGGUAUUCGAUAUAAACCAUAGUUAAGCGGCUUUUGUACGAAACUUCGUACGAAACAUUCUCUGUUAAACAUUAGAGGUAUUAUUUUACUCAUAUUUGCGAGGAUUUUUCGGACGAGCUGACAAGUAGCUAACACGGCAGCUCUGGCAAAAUGGCGGCGAAUGCGGCACAGCAAGCUCCGACACCAAACUGGCCGUAUGGUGGUAACUCAAGCGGUGAAAGCCAAGUCCAUGAGAACCCAGAAUGGGAGAAGGCCCGACAGGCUCUAGCCUCCAUUAGUAAAAGCCAGAACUCGACCAAGACUUCACCAACCAAUCACAACACACAACAGACCGGACCUUAUCAGGCAGCAGACUCUUCCGCAAUGCAGCAGCAGCAGCAAUACUAUCAGCAGUGGUAUCAACAGAACCAACAACAGUAUGCUGGUUACCCAUAUCCAUAUAACUACUACUACCCCAUGCCUCCGUAUGGAGGACCAUAUCCUCCAGGACAGUAUGGUGUUCCAGGGGGCUACCAGACACCCACUACACCCACUGGACAGGCCCCUGCUAUGCCCAUGAUGGAAGAUCAGUCUUCCAGCUAUCCCUCCCAGCCCCCUCCUCCUGCAACCCCUCAACCUCCCCCUCAGAGUCCUACAUCCACUGACCAGCCCCCGCCCCCUCCUCCACCCCCCAUACCUCCCCCACCCAAUGCCCAGUACCCCCCUCCACCAUCCCAAAACACCUACAGCCCUAAUGGUCCCCUGCCAUACAGCCCCACUGAUUCAAACACUAUGAUGCAGGGCUACAAUUCAGGACAGAUUCGGCCUGGGUACCAGGGUUACCAAACUCCAGCAUAUCAGCCCCCUCAGCAGCAGGGUCCAGGACAGGGCCUGUAUGGAGGCCUAGGCAGGGUGGAUGCUAAGAAACCUAACAAUAGCAAUAUGAACAAAGGUGGCCAGCAGCUGUGGCAACGCAUGAAACAGGCUCCUGGAACCGGUGCUGUCAAAUUUAAUAUACAAAAACGCCCAUAUGUCAUGACCAAUCAGAACGUUCCUUCAGGUGAUCAGGCCCCUGGAUUGGCUUCCCCCACUGCGACAAACCCAUCGCCUGGGUCUGUUGCUGCAACCUCUACUACUUCUACAGGAGCUGCCCAAACUCGGCCUCAGGACUGGCCACAGGCUAUGAAAGAGUAUGUACAACGCUGCUUUACAGCCUGCGAAUCUGAAGAGGAUAAGGAUCGAACAGAAAAAGUGCUGAAAGAUCUUCUGCAGUCCAGACUACAGGAUGGCUCUGCUUACACUAUUGACUGGACCAGAGAACCCCUGCCAGAUUUGAAGCCAAAGCAGUCUCGCUGGGAGGCAGUUCCUCAGCGUUCUCAAGAAAACGCUAUUGGGAGAGGUGGAGCCAUCCGUGGCAGGCUUGGGGCCAGGUUGGGUAACUACAGAAAUGUCUUUUCUCAAAGAAGCCCCUCUUCAAGCUCCUCCCACUCAUCCCGCUCCUCAUCACGAUCCCCGUCACCUCACAGCCGACACAGGGACCGGAGUAGACAUCAUCGCAGUGACUCUGGCUCUCAGUCAGACAGCAGCAUGUCAAGUGAUCCUCGAUUUCCACUGUCCCGGCGGCAACAAAAGGGUGGCAGAGGUCGUGGUGCUGAAAGGGAGCGAGGUAGAGGAGCUGCGGGAGAGAGAGGCAGAGGAAGAGGCAAAGCAAACAGAGGACGGAGGAAUAUGGAAGACCUCGCCAGUGGUAUUGGUAAAAAGCGGAAAGGUGGUAAUGCAGGGCUUGACUUUCACGACCCAAAUCGUGAAGCAAAGAAGCAGAGCCGGGCAGCACGCUUCCACACUAAACUACGCACUGAGCCCCUGGUGUUAAACAUUAAUGUUUUUGACCUCCCCAAUGGCACACAAGAGGGACUGGGCUGGGAUGAAUGCCCCAUAGUUGGAACCUGCCAGGACAUCACCAAAAACUACCUGCGCCUGACCUGUGCCCCUGACCCUGCAACCGUCAGACCCGUAUCUGUGUUGCGAAAGUCCCUGAUUGCAGUUAAAACUCAUUGGAAGUCCAAUCAGGAUUACUUGUACGCAUGUGAACAAAUGAAGUCAAUACGACAGGAUCUCACUGUUCAAGGUGUGCGUACAGACUUCACUGUGGAGGUGUAUGAAACGCAUGCUCGCAUCGCCUUGGAAAAGGGUGACCAUGAGGAGUUCAACCAGUGCCAAACCCAGCUGAAGGCGCUGUAUAAAGACUGCUCAUCGGACAACGUGGGAGAAUUCACUGCCUACAGACUUAUCUACUAUAUCUUUACUAAGAAUUCUGGAGACCUGACAACUGAGCUUGUGUACCUGACCCCUGAGCUCCGUGCUGAUCCGUGUGUAGCUCAUGCUCUUGAGCUCCGUACUGCCUGGGCACUUGGAAACUUCCACCGGUUCUUCAAACUCUAUCGGAAUGCUCCACGUAUGGCUGCUUACCUUAUCGAUAAGUUUGUGGAGCGUGAAAGAAAUAUAGCGCUGAGGGCUAUUCUCAAAACGUUCAGGCCCUUUGUGCCGGUGGAGUAUGUGCAGUCCAGCUUGGCCUUCUUAGAUUUAGACUCAUGUUUAGCAUUUCUAACAGGGCUUGGGGUUACAUUCACCCCCUCUGACCCAAGCAAAAUAGACUGUAAAGUUAGCUCAGUCAGUCUUACAACUUCAUAGCAUGGGAAAAGGGUGGGGGUUGACCAGAGAAUUGGCUUUUAUAGAGCAUAAAAAGACAAAACUGUGGAUAAGGGACCAGAUAUCUACACAACAGACAAGACACACUCAGUCUAGAGCUGAUCAUAUUUAUGAAAGAUAUCUUAGAUUUGUCUUUAACUCUUGUAGAGUGAUGGACUUUCUGACAGCUGAGAUCCACAUACAGGGACUAGAUGCCAUAUUCAAGACCCAGUAUAGCCUAUUCACACAGCCCAUUUAAUGAAGUAUCAGACAACCAGUUUACUUGCACACUAUCCCUUACACCAAUAGAAAAAGAGGCAAAGAUCUUAUGGGGUUGGGUCAGCAGGUCAUGUCAGGUUCCACAUCACAGAGCUCAAAAAAGCAUUUUAACAGUGUUGUGUGUUCUCAUGUUUCUCUCCCCUCAAGCAAACAGCCACAAAGCUCAAGACCUGAAAACAUCAUGGUUAACCAAGAAUAUAAUGUGAGCCAGUUGCCACCAACAGUGAACCAGCUCAUCAAGUAUGUGUGAAGCCAAAGGAUCCUUCUGCAAGGUUUUGGUCAUCUUAAUUGGACUUUAAAGCACAGUGAGCUUCAGUGCAAUCCUUCAAGCAAGAAGAGGAUGGGUGUAUUCCCCAUCUUUCUCUUUGCCUGAGAUGUCUUCAGUGGGUCACUGGUGGGGGUGCUCUGUUAGAUCUCUUGGCUCCCUUCAUCUCCAGGAUCCUAAUGCUGAUAGCAUGUAAUAUUUGGACUGAGCUAUAACAAGACAACCACCGUUAAAAAAAUGCAGAUUAGGCCUUGUUCUGCAUCGUGAUAAAUUCUGCGCCCGUCCCACACAGUCUUUGCUCCCUCUCCUGCACAUCAUCAACACUCAAGAAGCUGGCCUUCAUUAGUCAUAGAUAACCUCCUAAUCAUUCCUCGAAAUCCAGGAAGCACAACUCAGUGACUCAAAAUCUUUCACUUCCACCCCAGCAGUGAUAUGAAUAGGGCCGACCAUUCUAAAAGUCAUCUGAGUCCACUUAGUCCACAUUCAUUGACCACUAGGUUUGACCACCAGCUUCUGAAGAGUGAAGUGUCCUACAAAGCACCCCCCAGCAUAGAAGGUCCAUAAGCCUUAAAAUGCAGUCAGCCUGAGAAGGAACCGUCAUUAAGAAAGAAAAGCAAGCUCUGUUUUCCUUCACAGCAAGUUGGCGGCUCUCUCCUGUCUCCUCUUUAGAUGGAUCUCCACUAGUCACCUCACAAGGGCAUCCACUGUCCUGCUGGGAUUUGGAAACACAUGGGUUUGUAUGGCUCCUUAAGCUUUGGCCACAUCUACUGUUAAUGGCUGGUAAGAAGGACUUGAUAUUUUGAAAGCGUGGUGAAUCUUCGUUCAGCUUGGGUUGAGGUGUUACCACUGUUGAACAGUGUGCUUGGCUUGGUAUCUGUUAACCCUUCUGGCAGGUGGUGAAUUUGUCAUUUCUAAUUUUAAAAUGGGCCUAAUACUGAACCCUGUUGCACUUCUUAUCUGCAAGAUUGCCACCAAUAGAUCCAUACAAAAAUCUAAAGGAUAUGCUCAUUUUAAAUGAAUAUUACUGUGAUAGUUGUAAAUCUCAGAGUUUGAUAUGGUAUCAUGGUCUUAAUCUAGCCAAUGAUUGAAGCACGAACACAUUGUAGUAAAAACUUUGUACCAAUUCAAAGUAUUACAAAAGUUCAUCUAAUGCGCCUUGAUUUCUAAUGGACUGCUUCAAAAUUGGAGUUACUACUUCUACAUCCAUUUCAUUGUAAAUGAACGAGGAGCAUGUGCACCAGCAUUUGCUUUUUGACGUAUCAGGUUUAUUUAUCAAGAAGGCUUGGGUCUGAAAUAUGUGUGCUUUAGCAAGAUGUGCUCAGGGCCACUAUGAGCAGAAAGCAUCCCUUACACCUCGUUGGUGAAAUUUGUACAUAUGUGCUCACGUAAAUAAUGUGAGAAGUGAGUUGUUGUUGUUUUUUUUCCCCCCCUUAUGGUUACUUUGAUUUCAUAGAUUUUGUUUGUACAAUGGUAAGUGUCGUUUUGAACUAUACAUUAAUUUUGCUGGCAGUUUUAAAAGUUUAAAUAUAAUAUUUUGGGUGGUGAGCAUGUGCAUCCUGAUAUGCAAUUUAGUGCAAAUAAUUGAGAUUUUCAUUUUCAAAUUAUUCUAAAGUUUCUCUUUCCCCCUAGACAUUAAAUUGCAUUAUGAAGUAAAACAUCCAAUCCACGCUCAUGAAGGAGUCAUGAAUUGAUAUGCCACAUCUUUUCCUUGUUGAUCAUUACUUAAUAUUUCCAAGCAAUUUUUGUCAUAUUUAUUUCCUUUGUUUAAGUCAUCUUAGCUUUGCGACUUCCUGUUUUAUCCUCUUCUUUGUUUCCCUGUUCAGCUUUUCUUGCUCUCAUACCUGUAAAAAUUCACUUGUUGAACACAAAAACAAUAAGAGAAAGAUUUGGUUUAAGUACAAGCUGUUUUUGUUGUUGUUGUUGUUUUCCCCCAAUGUACUAAAGUUGGGAAAUGGUUAUAAUCAUAUUUCUAGCUCAUUUUGUAUUUGGUUGUACAUUGUAAAUGAAUUCUUUGCUGCUGGUUGCCUCACUGACUUUGCUCUCCUCUCCUCCUCAACCUUCAACCCCUCCCACCCCUUGUUCUCCUCUCUCUUCCUGCGCUCCUUCAUUACCAGAUUCUCUCUCUCUCCUUGCAGUCAUGCACAUUCGGAGCAAAGCAAGAGAUGAAAAGGAGGGCAAAACUAAUCCAGAGGCACACUGGAAAAUGGGCAUUGAGACAUCCAGACAUCAGCCAAAUGAGAUUCUUCAUUGUGUCUGUUGUUGUCUGAUGCAUUUGUCAUUUUGAGGAGAGCCUGGUGAUUUCAAAUUACAAUGUUUUUCUUGAUGCCAAUCUCAAAACCUUUAUGAAACCAUGACAAAUCCACCAUGUCAGUCUCAAGAUGAUGUAUGGGUUUUAUUUGAGAAACUUCUCCAUAGUGUUUAGUAGAAUUACUGCUGUAUGUUCAGGUGUGUCUUCUCUAUUACCUUUGCUUUUCUUUUUUUUUCUCUAAGUGUUUUAAUAGGUGUUUUGUUUUGACUGCUUGGUUUUUUUUUGGUUUUUUUUUUUGCAAUUGCUGUUUACUGCUGUAUUUGGUGUUUUGUAGAUGGACUGGGUUUUCUGAUGUCUAACUUUUGGGUUUAAUACAAGCUGUAAAAUUGCAUACUGGUCAUACCUGGACAUACAGAUGGUUAGACAUUUUCUAGAAAUCCAUACAUUAAUGUCUCUCAGGUGUUAAAAAAAAACUGCAGUUUCUAAUGGUAAUGUUGAUUGGCUGCCCAUAAUGCUUAUUACUUAAGGAUUGUCCAAAGCAAUGUUGAUUGUCUCAAAUGAUACCAGUUUUUUUUUAUUUCAUGGAAUGUAUGUUUAGCCCUUGCUGUUGUAGCUGUGCAAUAUUUUCACAGCAUUAUUACUAACAGUCUCAUCCCCCCUCUUCAAAUGUUGCCUGUCCUAUUGCACUUCUAAUUACUUUGUCUUUCCUCUGCAUCAGCUCUUUGCUUUUCUUUCAGUUCAUAUUGUUUUAGAUUUGCCUCUGUGUUCUCUUACAUCAUUUCAACUUGAGCCAUUGACUCUUUUUGCUUUCUCAUCUUUAAUAUUUAUUUUUUUCAGCAAUCUGUUCUUUCUGCAUGUUCCUCUUGUCUCCCUCUUCUUUCCUCUAUUGUGUUCUGUAAUGCAAUGUUGUGAUUGGUUUACAUGUAGUCAGUGCUUGGCAGUAAGUAUUUCGACAGGACUGUACUUGCAUCUGUUCUUUUCUUUUACAGCUCAACCUCUCAAAAGUCCUAGUAUCUCUGCCCCUUCUAGAGCUCCAUGUGUCCAUAUACAGUGGAGUUCAUAAAGAAAAUACUGCCGUUUGUAGAUGCUGAUUUGUACAUAAUGUACCUACCUUAUCUUGAGAGAAAAAUAAAGAAUUAAAACAGA